AGUGAGGUAGGGUGAAGGGAAGCGUUUGGAAGGAGGGAGAAUGAAAUGAGGGAUGUAGGAUUUAAUAGGGUAGAGAGGAAAGAGGAGUGGUCAGGCCACACUUGGAGGUUUGUGAGCAAUUUUAGCCCUCUUACAUGAAAGGGAUCUGCUAGCAUUGGAGAGUCUAAGGAGGUUAACGAGAAUGAUACUGUAAUGAAACAGUUAAUUACGGAACGUUUGAUGCUCUGGGCCUGUACCUUCUGCAGUUUCAAAAAAUGAGGGGUGUUCUCAUUGAAACAUGUUGCUUACUGAGAGGCUAAGAGUGUGUGGGCAAGGAGAGGAUGUUUCCUUUUGUGGAGACAACUAGAAAGACCUCUCAUUCGAAUAGAGAUGAAGGGGAAUUUCUUUCGCCAGGUGUGUGGUGAUUCUGUGGAAUUCAUUGUCACAGACUGUGGAUGCCAUGUCAUUAGUAUAUUUAAAGCUGAGGUUAAUGGCUUAUUGUUUAGACAUAAUACAUAGGAGCAGAAUUAGGCCAUUCAGCCAAUCGAGUCUGCUCCACCAUUCCAUCAUGUGUCUCAAUCCCAUUCUCCUGCCUUCACCCUGUAACCUUUGACACCCUGACUAAUCAAGAACUACAGGUAUCAACCUUUGCUUUAACGUAUGCAGUGACUUGGCCUUCAUAGUCAUCUGUGGCAAUGAAUUCCACAAAUUCACUACCCUCUGGUUAAAGAAAUGCCUCCCCUCUCUGUUCUAAAUGGACAUCCCUCUAUUCUGUGACUGUGCACUCUGGUCCUAGACUUGCCCACUAUCAAUAGACAAUAGGUGCAGGAGUAGGCCAUUCGGCCCUUCGAGCCAGCACUGCCAUUCACUGUGAUCAUGGCUGAUCAUCCAUUAUCAGUAUCCAGUUCCUGCCUUAUCCCCAUAACCUUUGAUUCCACUAUCUUUAAGAGUUCUAUCCAUCUCUUUUUUGAAAGCAUCCAGAGACUUAGCCUCCACAGCCUUCUGGGGCAGAGCAUUCCAUAUAUCCACCACUCUCUGGGUGAAAAAAUUUUUCCUCAACUCCGUUCUAAAUGGCCUACCCCUAAUUCUUAAACUCUGGCCUCUGGUUCUGGACUCACCCAUCAGUGGGAACAUGCUUCCUGCCUGCAGCAUGUCCAAUCCCUUAAUAAUCUUAUAUGUUUCAAUAAGAUCCUCUCUCAGCCUUCUAAAUUCCAGAGUAUACAAGCCCAGUCACUCCAAUCUUUUGACAGAUGAUAGUCCCGCCAUCCCCGGAAUUAACCUUGUGAACCUACGCUGCACUCCUUCAAUAGCAAGAAUGUCCUUCCUCAAAUUUGGAGACCAAAACUGCACACAAUACUCCAGGUGUGGUCUCACCAGGGCCCUGUACAGCUGCAAAAGGACCUCUUUGCUCUUGUACUCAAUUCCCCUUGUUAUGAAGGCCAGCAUGCCAUUAGCUUUUUUUCACUGCCUGCUGUACUUGCAUGCUUGCUUUCAGUGACUGAUGUACAUGAACACCUAGAUCUCGUUGUGCUUCCCCUUUUCCUAACUUGACUCCAUUUAGAUAAUAAUCUGCCUUCCCAUUCUUACCACCACAGCGGAUAACCUCGCAUUUAUCCACAUUAAACUGCAUCUGCCCACUCACCCAGCCUGUCCAAGUCACCCUGCAUUCUCAUAACAUCCUCCUCACAUUUCACACUGCCUCCCAGCUUUGUGUCAUCGGCAAAUUUGCUAAUGUUACUUUUAAUUCCCUCAACUAAAUCAUUAAUAUAUAUUGUAAGUAGCUGCGGUCCCAGCACUGAACCCUGUGGUACCCCACUGGUCACCGCCUGCCAUUCCGAAAGGGACCUGUUAAUCGCUGCUAUUUGUUUCCUGUCAGCCAGCCAAUUUUCAAUCCAUGUCAGUACUCUGUCCCCAAUACCAUGUGCCCUAAUUUUGCCCACUAAUCUCCUAUGUGGAAUUUUAUCAAAGGCUUUCUGAAAAUCCAGGUACACUACAUCCACUGGCUCUCCCUUGUCCAUUUUCAUAGUUACAUACUCAAAAAAUUCCAGAAGAUUAGUCGAGCACGAUUUCCCCUUCAUAAAUCCAUGCUGACUCGGACUAAUCCUGUUACUACUAUCCAGAUGUGUCGUAAUUUAAUCUUUUAUAAUUGACUCCAGCAUCUUUCCCACCACCGACGUCAGGCUAACCGGUCUAUAAUUCCCUAUUUUCUCUCUUCCUCCCUUCUUGAAGAGAGGGACAACAUUAGCCACCCUCUAAUCCACAGGAACUGAUCCUGAAUCUAUAGAACAUUGGAAAAUGAUUACCAAUGCGUCCACGAUUUCUAAAGCCACCUCCUUAAGUACCCUGUGAUGCAGACCAUCAGGUCCCGGGGACUUAUCAGCCUUCAGACCCAGCAGACUAUCCAACACCAACUAUUACUUCUGGGAGAUUGUUUGUGUCUUCCCUAGUGAAGACAGAUCCAAAGUACCUGUUCAUCUUGUCUGCCAUUUCCUUGUUCCCCAUAAUAAAUUCAUCCGCUUCUGUCUUCAAGGGCCCAAUUUUGGUCUUAACUAUUUUUUUCCUUUUCACAUGCCUAAAGAAGCUUUUACUAUCCUCCUUUAUAUUCUUGGCUAGUUUACCUUCGUACCUCAUUUUUUCUCCACGUAUUGCCUUUUUAGUUACCUUCUGUUGCUCUUUAAAAGUUUCCCAAUCCUCCGGCUUCCCACUCGUCUUUGCUAUGUUAUACUUCUUCCCUUUUAUUUUUAUACUGUCCAUUACUUCCCUUGUCAGCCACGGCCUCCCCUUACUCCCCUUAGGAUCUUUCUUCCUCUUUGGAACGAACUGAUCCUGCACCUUCCACAUUAUUCUCAGAAACACUUGCCAUUGCUUUUCCACUGUCAUCCCUGCUGGGGUAUUGUUCCAUUGAACUUUGGCCAGCUCAUCCCUCAUAGCACCAUAGUUCCCUUUGUUCGACUGUAAUACUGACACUUCCGAGUUUCCCUUCUCCCUCUCAAAUUGUAGAGUAAAACUUAUCAUAUUAUGGUCACUACCUCCUAAUGGCUCCUUUACCUCUAGGUCCCUGAUCAAAUCCGGUUCAUUGCACAACACUAAAUCUAGAAUUGCGUUCUCUCUGGUAGGCUCCAGUACAAGCUGUUCCAAGAAUCCAUCUUGGAGGGACUCAAUCUCGAAAACAUCCUCUCCAUUUCUACUAAAUCCAGGCCUUCCAAUAUGCAAUAGAUUCUUAUCAGAUUCCCCCUUACACACAGCAUCAGAAUAGAGGGGUGUCCAUUUAGAACGGAGAUGAGGAAUUUAUUUAGCCACAGAAUGGUGAAUCUGGAAUUCUUUGCCACAGGCAUCUGUGGGGGCCAAGUCUUUAUGUAUAUUUAAGGAACAUAGGUUGAUAGAUUCUUGAUUGGUCAGGACAUGAAGGGAUAUGGGGAGAAGGCAGGAGAUUGGGGUUGAAAUUGGAUCAGCCAUGAUGAAAUGGUGGAGCACACUCAAUGGGCCAAAUGGCCUAAUUCUGCUCCUAUGUUUCAUGAUCUUAUUCUUCUAAACUCCAGUGAGUACAGGCCCAGAGUUGUUAAAUGCUCGUCAUGCAUUAACCUUUUCAUCCCUGGAACCAAUAGCACAUAUUUUCUUAGAUGAAAGGCCUAAAACUCUUAAGUGCGGUCUAACCAAUGCCUUAUAAAGCCUCAGCAUCACAGCCUUGCUCUUCUAGUUCUCUUGAAAUGAAUUUGAAUUGACUUUAUUUCUUGCAUACAUGAGGAGUAAAAAAUUUUUACGUUACAUCUCCAUCUGAAUGUGCAAAUUGUAAUUUAUAAUAAAUAAUACGUACAUUAAGAUAAACAACAGAGCAGUCAAUAUAGCUUAGAAAUAUAAUUGUGUUAGUGGGAAUUAAUCAGUCUGAUGGUCUGGUGGAAGAAGCUGUUCCAGAACCUGUUGGUCCUAGCUUUAAUGCUGAGGUACUGUUUCCUGGAUGGUAGCAGCUGGAACAGUUUGUGGUUGGGGUGAUUUGAGUCCCCAUUGAUCCUUCGGGCUCUUUUUAUACACCUGUCACUGUAAAUGUCCUGAACAAUGGGAAGUUCACUUCCACAGAUGCGCUGGGCUGUCCGCACCACUCUCUGCGGAAUCCUGCGAUUGAGGGAAGUACAGUUCCCAUACCAGGCAGUGAUGCAGCCAGUCAGGGUGCUCUCAAUUGUGUCCCUGUAGAAAGGCCUUAGAAUUUGGGCAUUUGUUGCAAACUUCUUCAAUGUCUGAGGUGAAGGAGGCAUUGUUGUGCUUUUCUCACCACACAGCCAGUAUGUACAGACCACGUGAGAUCCUUGGUGAUGUGUAUACCAAGGAACUGAAUCUGUUCACCCUCUCAACCCCAGAUCCAUUGAUGUCAAUAGGGGUUAGCCUGUCUCUGUUCCUCCUGUAGUCCACAACCAACUCCUUUGUUUUUGUGACAUUGAGGAAGAGGUUGUUUUCUUGACACCACUGUGUCAGGGUGAUGACUUCUUCUCUGUAGGCUGCCUUGUUGUUAUUUGAGGAAAGACCAAUCAAUGUAAUAUCAUCUGCAAAUUUAAUUAGAUUGGAGCUCUGGGUGGUGACACAGUCAUGGAUGUACAGAGAGUAAAGGAAGGGGCUUAGGACACAGCACUGGAGGGCUCCUGUGUUGAGGGGCAGAGGUGAGGGAGCCCACUCUUACCAUCUGCAGGAAAUCUUACAGGAAGCCCAGGAUCCAGCUGCACAAGGCAGGGUGAAGGCUGAGGUCUCUGAGCUUCAUCAAGCCUGAAGGAAAUUAUGGUGUUGAAUGUUGAGCUGUAGUCCAAGAACUGCAUUCUCACAUAAACAUCCCUCCUCUCCAGGUGUGUAAGGAUGGUGUGUAGAGCAGUGGCUAUUGUGUCAUCUGUCAAUCGGUUGUGUCGGUAGGCAAAUUGUAGGGAGUCCAAUGUGGGUGGUAGCGUGCUGCAGAUGUAAUCCUUUACCAGCCUCUCAAAGCAUUUGCUUAUUGAGGUGAGUGCGACAGGACGCCAGUCCUUCAGACAUGUUACCUUGGUCUUUUCAGGUACAGGGACAAUGAUGGAUGCUUUGAAGGAGGAGAGCACUCUACACUGGGAGAGGGAGAGAUUAAACAUGUCUGCAAGCACACCAGCCAGUUGUGCCGCGCACUUUGAGUACCCACCCUGGGAUCCCGUCUGUCCGGUCCUGUUGGAAACACCUGCAUGCUUCAGCCUCAGUGAUGUCCAAGGUGCAGCUCUCCUCGGGGGCUCAGUGUUGUCGACAUCAAUCCAAUCAUAAAAAAGGUUUAGCUCAUCUGGGAGAGAGGCAGUGAUCUUGGCAGUACCACUGCGUUUAAGCUUUGAAGUCUGCAAUGAUGUGCAGACCUUGCCAUAAGCUGUGUGUGUUGUUGGUGGAGAGUUGUUUCUGGAUCUUGUCCCUGUAUUGUUUUGCUGCCUUGAUUACUUUGCAUAGAUUAUAGCUGCAUUUCUCAAGUUCCUGGUGGUUACUGGUGGCGAAAGCUCAGUCUCGUGUGGUGAGUGCAGCAUGCACGGAACUGUUGAUCCAGGAUUUCUGGUUUGGAUAGACCCUGACCGAUUUUUGGGGGACAACGUCCUUGGUGCACUUCUGGAUGAAGCUUGUGACCCCUUCUGUGAACUCGGAGAGAUCCUCAUCACCAAAGUCAUUCCAGUUGAUGUCAUCAAAGCAGCUCUGUAUCAUAGAGACUGAUUGGUCAGACCAACAGUGGACGGUUUUAACUAUGGCCGCCUUUUGUUUCAGCUUCUGCCUGUACCUGGGUAGAAGCAGGAUGGAGGAAUGAUCAGAUUUUCCAAGUGGUAGACAGAGGAAUGCUUUGUAAGCAUUGGGGAAGGCAGAGUAGCAGUGGUCAUGUAUGUUAUCUCCCUAUGUGCUCACCUGGAUGUGUUGACAAAACUUCCGAGAGACUUUUGUCAGCGAUGCUCAAAUAAAUUCUGCAGUGGCGAAGAAAGCACCCUGCGAGUGUACUUCUUUAGGGUGCUGAUGGUCUGGUACACUGGGAAGAGGCGUGACCUGGGUCGUGCGGGCCCUUGAUAACAGACACCACCUAUCUGAGGCACUGCUUCUUGAAGGUGUGAGUUAUCUACACAGGGUGACACCAUGAACACAAGUCCAGGCACUGUGGGCAGCGACCCUGUCAUCUUGGCCACUGCUGGUUACGAUCAUACCGUUCGCUUCUGGCAGGCACACAGUGGGAUCUGCACCCGCACCGUACAGCAUCAGGACUCCCAGGUGAAUGCUUUGGAAAUCACUCCGGACCGCAGUAUGAUUGCAGCGGCAGGAUACCAGCACAUCCGAAUGUAUGACUUGAAUUCCAACAACCCAAACCCAGUUGUCAGCUAUGAUGGAGUCAGCAAAAACAUCACCUCAGUUGGGUUCCACGAGGAUGGACGUUGGAUGUAUACUGGUGGUGAGGACUGCAUGGCUCGAAUCUGGGACCUCAGAUCACGCAGCCUGCAGUGCCAGAGAAUCUUCCAGGUCAACGCUCCAAUAAACUGUGUCUGCUUGCAUCCCAAUCAGGCAGAGCUAAUUGUUGGUGAUCAGAGUGGAGCCAUUCACAUCUGGGACCUGAAAACUGACCACAAUGAGCAGCUGAUCCCUGAGCCAGAUGUAUCAGUUAAUGCUGUUCACAUUGAUCCGGAUGCAAGCUACAUGGCAGCAGUAAACAGUUCGGGUAAUUGCUACGUGUGGAACCUGACAGGGGGCAUUGGUGAUGAUGUUACUCAACUCAUUCCUAAGACCAAAAUUCCAGCUCACAAGCGCUAUGCUCUUCGCUGUAAGUUCAGCCCCGAUUCCACACUUCUUGCCACGUGCUCAGCUGACCAGACCUGCAAAAUAUGGAGGACCUCCAACUUCUCCCUAAUGACUGAGCUCAGCAUCAAGAGCAAUAACCCUGGAGAGACGUCACGUGGCUGGAUGUGGGACUGUGCAUUUUCAGGGGACUCACAAUAUAUUGUCACAGCUUCUUCAGAUAACCUUGCCCGGUUGUGGUGUGUGGAGACUGGUGAAAUUAAACGGGAGUACAGUGGGCAUCAGAAAGCAGUUGUUUGCUUGGCCUUCAAUGACAGUGUCCUGGGAUGAAUAUCUCCAAAGGAUGCAUGCGCAUCUUUCCUUCUCCGUGUCCUUUUCCAUUCCAAGCACAUUAAAAUGGAUUCCUGUCCAUUUGCUGUAAUGAGUCACUAUGAUCCGAGUUGCUGUGGGCUGGAGCCUUUCUGCAUAUUCUAAUACCAGACUUGAUUUUGUCACUUGAGCUGCAAGACGGUAACUUACACAACAGUUAGUAAGCCUCAGCUCUGACACCAGGAUUUCAGAGUUGCAGAAUGUUGGUGAGUGAAAGGUUUGUGCUGUGCAUUUGAACUAUGUUAAAGUAACCAGCAGCUCUCCCAAACCGGGACAUUCUGACGAGGACUGUAAGCUUUGUAGCAUUUAAGGGGAUAUUAGUCUGAAAAGGUCCAUUACGGUUAGUGAAGAUGGUAGUUUUGAAGAAUGAGUUCUGGAUACCUCAUGCAAUAUAAUUAACACAUAGUAAUAUUGCAUCAGAUAUCCUGAAUUUGUGCACCAGUAUAAUAAACUAAGGAUAUUUUGUGCAGCAUGAAGACAUGUAAAACUGUUAUGCAACAUUCAUACAAGUUAAGAAUAUUGUUAAAGUUAUUCUGUCCAGUAUCAUCAUAUGCUGCUUGUUCCCUUGGUAAUUCAGUCGAAGCGAAUGGCAAUAGCAAUAGGUCUCCUACGUAAACAAGAGAAAACCUGCAGAUGCUGGAAAUCCAAGCAACACACACAAAACAUGCUGGAGGAACUCAGCAGGCCAGGCAGCAUCCAUUUAAAUAUUCAAGCCAAAGAAGUCUAGGCAUUUUUGCUGCCUGGCCUGCUGAGUUCCUCCAGCAUGUUUUGUUGCUUGGGUCUCCUACAUAAGCUGUUCAUUCAAGGAAAUAUGAUGAAAAUAGUUUUUCCUCUAUGGGCAUCUGGAGGCAAAUGCUUAACACCUAGUGCUAUAAAACAGUGCAGUUGGUGGAUGUUGAAUAAUUAAUCUGAUGCUGUGUGUAAUCAUUAAAACUU